GUAUAAAAAGCCCCGUUGAAUAACUGUAUGAUACCUAUUACUGCGGCACAUGGUUUAAAGUACAGAUAAAUUUAGCAGCGGGUCUUAACGCCAAAAACACAUCCACUGGACAGCCUUAAGCGACGGCUUUGGAGACAUGCAGCUGACUCAGGUUUUGUUUUACCUGAGUUUCUUCUUUGCGCUUGGUCCGGUGGGUCAGGGGGAUAUCACAGCGCACCAGCCUUCGGAUGACAUCGAGCAGUGCUCAACGUGUGAGUUUAGGCAGCACAGUAAGCUCAUGCGACUACAUGCCAUCAAGUCCCAAAUUCUGAGCAAGCUUCGCCUUAAACAGGCUCCCAAUAUCAGUCGGGACGUGGUAAAACAGCUCCUACCAAAGGCACCCCCUUUGCAGCAGCUCCUAGACCAGUACGACAUGGUUGGGGAUGAUAAUAAAGAUGGGAUUAUGGAAGAGGACGAUGAUGACCAUGCCAUUACAGAGACAAUCAUGACAAUGGCCACGGAGCCCGACCCCACCGUCCAGGUGGACAGCAAACCGAAUUGCUGCUUCUUCUCCUUCAGCCCGAAGAUUCAGCCAAACCGCAUCGUGAAGGCGCAGCUCUGGGUUCACCUCCGACCUGCAGACGAAGAAACCACUGUGUUCCUGCAAAUAUCGCGGCUGAAGCCGCUUGCGGACGGCAGCAGGCACGUACGGAUCCGUUCCCUGAAGAUGGAUGUGAGCACAGGGACCAGCUCCUGGCAGAGCAUCGAUGUGAAGCAGCUUCUUCAAGUGUGGCUGAGGCAGCCGGAGACUAACUGGGGGAUUGAGAUAAAUGCAUAUGACGCCAAGGGAAAUGAUUUAGCGGUUACAUCUGCAGAAUCUGGGGAAGAGGGCCUGCAACCUUUCAUGGAGGUAAAAAUCUCUGACAGCCCGCGGCGUUCGAGGAGGGACUCAGGCCUCGAGUGCGACGAGAACUCGCUGGAGUCGCGGUGCUGCCGCUAUCCGCUCACCGUUGACUUCGAGGACUUCGGCUGGGACUGGAUCAUCGCCCCCAAGCGCUACAAGGCCAACUACUGCUCCGGGGAGUGCGAGUACAUGCACCUGCAGAAGUACCCGCACACGCACCUGGUGAACAAGGCCAACCCGCGCGGCACCGCCGGCCCCUGCUGCACCCCCACCAAGAUGUCGCCCAUCAACAUGCUCUACUUCAACCGGAAGGAGCAGAUCAUCUAUGGCAAGAUCCCCUCCAUGGUGGUGGAUCGCUGCGGGUGCUCGUGAACACCGGCGGCUCGAGCGCUCUUUCUCCGGCACGGACUCCCGAGGCCUCCUGAACAACUUCUCCUAUCAACACGCUUCCUAAAUUAACCCCCCCCCCCCCCCCCAAAGAUCACACUGUGCAAUAGAAGCAGCGUAGCGGUGAGAGAGCCCCUGCCGCACAGCAGAAGGUCACCAACCAGGUGAUAUGGGGAAGGGAAACUCUGUUUAUGGGGAGCAGAAGUGGCAGGAAGGCAGUGUUGCUUCCUAUCACCCCUCUGAUCCGUUCCUCCUGAAAAACCCACAUUCUUACUCAAACAUGGACACUCUUGCUUGUCUCCACCCCCACGGGCAUAAAACAGCUUUCAUAGCUUAUCUGUUUAUGCAUCAGCCAAUGAGAUGACCCAUUACAUUCGAUCGGAGCACGGCUACUGUGAACCGAGGGGCUGCUUGAUCACGAACUGAAAGCCACCAGCCAUUAACAUGCACCUGAGACGCCCUAACUCACUUGCAAAUAUAACUUGAUCUUCUCACCUGAAAUCCUUCUUGUAAAUCAGAGUCACUGGACAGCAGAGCUCGCAGGGGCACUAUUGAAGCACGUCGACACAGGAAGAGACGCUGGAGGACGAUGACUGUUAUAAGCACGUUCAGACUGGGUAUUUUUAACGAUACAGUUUGCACUAUGGCAGACCAAUAGAGAGAAUUGGUUGCUACAAAAGUUGUAAAAACUGAUUUUGAUACGUUUGCUAUUUCGUUUUGUCUGUGUGGGUUUUUUUCUGUUAGCCUCCUUUUUUAGCCACUGCUGGUAAAUGUAUAAGAAUAAAAAUAGUUCUAAACAAUUCUGUAUAAUAACAAAUGUUACAUGAAUAAAGGUGCCUGCUUUUA